AUGGACGCCAGACUAGUCAGGUAUACCUUGGUAACUUUAUGGUAAAUAUCUAGGUACAAGACCUACUAAUUGCCAGUCCAGUGCAGACGAACCAGCUUUUCACUCAGACGCAGAGGAACUUUCACUUUUUCAGCCGAAACUAAAAACCUAACCCAACAAUGGGUGGAUCGCAAAGCUGUGACGCGGCGCUUCGGGAGAAGCAUGUGGUGAUCGUGGGCGGCGGGUACGGCGGCACCGUCGUGGCCCUCAAGCUGCAGGGAAAGUGCAAGAUCACUUUGAUUGAUCCCAAGGAAGCUUUCCAUCAUUGUCUGGGUGCACUGAGAUCCUGCACCGAAGAUGGUUUUGCCCGGAAAAUCUUCAUCCCCUACGCCCCGGCUUUUGGAGAGAACUUCAAACGAGGCACGGUGGAGGCUGUUGACCCUACGGCAAAGAAGGUCAAGCUAGCCGGAGGGGAGGAGGUCAGCUACGACUACCUCGUCAUAGCGUCGGGAAGCAAGGGCCCCUUCCCAGCCAAAAUCGCUGGUGGAGAAGACUCCAGUGUCUAUAUCAAGGAGUACACGGACAUGUUGCAGAAGGUAAAGGCAAGUAAAGAUAUCGUGGUUGUCGGCGGUGGGGCCGUUGGAGUCGAAAUGGCCGGCGAGAUUGCCACAGACUUCUCGGACAAGCAGGUGACUAUCGUCCACUCCAGAGACUAUCUGGUGGAGGGGGACUUGGCCCCGAAAUUCCGGAAAGGCCUGGAUGAUCAACUUAGGGCCAAGGGCGUCAAGCUUGUUCUAGGCGAGAAAGUGUCCAAUCUGUCCGAGUUGCCCAGAGAUGGCUCGUCGAGAUGCACCGUCAAGACCGACAAGGGAACAGAGAUUGAAGCAGACCUGGUACUGGUGUGCGUCGGAGUGCCUUGCAAUUCCUCAGCUUACGCUACCUCUCUGAGUAACUGCAUGGAGGAGACUGGUCAUCUCAAGGUCAACCAGUUCCUUCAGGUGGAGGGUCUGGAUGACGUGUUCGCCAUCGGCGAUUGCUGCAACGCCGACCCGGUCAAGCUGGCCUACUUGGCGGGAUGGCACGGGGAGCUGGUCGCCCGUAAUCUCCGGCUGCUGGCGCAGGGAAAGACGGAGCUGAAAGCCUGGAAAACACCUGGGACGCUGAUGGUGGUGCCUGUCGGACGAGAUGGCGGAAUGUUCCAGAAGGAUUCGAUUGUCCUCGGUUCCUUCAUUUCUCGGAAAAUGAAGGGCAGUCAUCUGUUUGUCUCUAAGUACUGGGGCGAGAUGAAACAGAAGGUGCCGGUAGCAGGGGAUGCCGAGGUUUAAGAAAUGAAAUUCUUCUCAGACUUGCGUUUCAGAGUCGGGCCGAACUAAAAAAAAAAAAUGUGGAACGAUUCAAGUCGACCUGAGUCAAACGAUUCAGGUCGACCUAAAGAAAUAUGGUAGCAACAUGUGACAAAUCUCUUUUUGUGAGUUUGGGAGGCUCUGAAAAGAAUGGGGGGGGGGGGAACGUUUCGGACAGUGCACUCUGCCCGUCAUCACACACAGAGUCACUGCAAAAAAAAUGUCACUGUGAAGAGCAGUGAAGCAUGACCGAAUCUGGCUUGAUAUAACCGCACAAAAGAAUUGCGCAAGGAUCUGAAGUCCAUACUCCACAGAAGAUUACCUCAAGGGAAUUUGAAAUGUAGGUGCUAACUCUGUGGGCAAAUUGUUAAGCAAAAAAACUUGGAAGUUUGGUGAAGUGCAGAAGACUAGGAGGGUUUAUUUUUCAAACACCGAGCUUAAUCUAAAUGUAAGGCAUAAUUUUGCUCAGUGCAACAGUGGAAUGCAAGUCUGAACGAGUGUCAAAUACUAAUGAAAGCAGUACGUACAUACGUACUGGAAAUAUGUUUUGUAGGUUGAUUUAGUUAUAGCUUAAAUAUAUGCCUCAUUCUUAUCAUUGUAAAUUGAUGUUUUAGUGUAGAUCCACGGAGAUGGAAUUUUUUAUCAUGAGAGUAAGAAAAUAUGUAAAUUUGUGCCCUGAAAAGUCAAUAAUAAUAAAUAAAUAAUAAUAGAUGUUGAAAUUACAGUCUUUAUUAGAAGUGAAUGUACUAGAGCAUUGAUGCAUUUUAUUUUUGUAUUGCGCAAUUUGAGCUUAGUUGCUGUCUUAAUAGGUGCUGUGUAAUUUAGGAAAUAUAUAUGUGCUUAGCCGGUUUGAAACAAGUAUGUUUAAAACUGACAUUCGUCUUGGGCCUUUAUCCAUGACCACGCUCCUAGCCGGUCUUAAAUGUACUUGUUUAAUACUGGCCAAGCACAAAUUUAUUCCCAUUCAUUAUACCUUUCGGUGAAAAGUCCAAACAACUCAAGAAUUAACAAUUUCCCAACAAUUUUGUGCAACGAUUUUACCUCGUUUUGUUUUGUGUGAAACACCCUUCUGGUCAUGUUUAUGGUAUGUGCCUCGCACGCGUAGUACUAAAAAUCUCCUUAUAUGGAGAUUGGCGCAGAAUGCAGCGGUGCAGAAAUAAAGUUUUUAAAACCUGCCAGUAGUUUAAAACCACCCAUGUGACAGGCUCUCGACCAAUAGGAAUGGGUAAACUGUUUCAGGAAUUUAUGAUGGUCAUUAUCACGUGCAUUGAACUUGUUGAAUGCAUGUGUAACAUAAGCACAUACAUGGUAAAAUAUUUUUAUUUUUUUGUACUUUAAGGUCAGUACUUAAUAUCAGAAACUGCCAAUGCUGUGCAUUCAUAACAUGUUUACUUCUGAAAUAUACCCGUCUUUUCGGGUAACAUGCCAAUACAUUUAUUUUCUUCUAUAAAAAUAAUCAUGCAUUUAAACAUUGCUUUUAAAAAAUCUUAAGGGAUCUUCUUUCCAUUAGCAUUGCAGUAGUAUAUUUUGUAGUUGUUUACAUUUGCUCAUUCACUGUUUAUGGGGAAAAAAGAAAGGAAUUCAAGGAUUCUUAAAUUAAAUUUUUGUUAGAAUUUAAUAAUUGGUAUUUUUAGUCUUGCUUUAAUCUCAAACUUUAUUUUUACAGGUAGCAAUGUGUUUAAAAGGGUAUGUACAUGUAUUUAGCAUAUUGUUACCAAUUGUGCCAACGUUUUACGCAGACAAAAAAUAUUGCCAGAAAAAAAUAUUGCCAGAAAAAAAAGUAGAUAAAAACUUUUGCUUUUGUCUUUCACUAUGUCCUGUUCAUUAAUUUGUAAUUAAAACCUUGAGGAUUAAAUUUGCCACAAAGUGGAUCCAACUGAUUGAAGUA